CAUCGAGAUGGAAAACUUACGCGUACAGUUUUGUGAAUGGAUAUGAUUGGGGCCCCUAUAUUUGUCCCCAGUAGGAUUCUGAAAGUGUUCGGUAGGUGUCUCAUAAUACACGAUCGGGUUGACAUUUGUCUUUUUGUUCUCACGUGGACGAGGCGUAUCGUGAUCUUGCGGGACAGCAUUCAUUUCCUAAUAUAGAGAUUCAGGACACGGUGAACAAAGAAACAACGUUAUCAUGGUUCUCGUAAUCAGCCAGGAAACCUACGAUGAAGUCGUUAACGAGAAUAUCGAACAGUUUUCCAUGUCGCCCAAAGAAGCUAUCGAGGAUGCAGUAAAACAAUUCGAGGCCCAGGGUGUAGACUUGAGCAACAUCAUUAAAGAUUUAAUCAUCAGCAACGACGAUGAGUUAAUAUCAGGCUAUUUAAACCAUCUGAACAUUGCCAUAGCGGAUAAAAGAUAUGAAAAUGUUCAUCAAAACUUAGAGAAAUUAAGAAAAGAAUUAGAUAAAGAUAUUGCCCGCAGGGUGUGUGCAGGCAAAAAGGGAGCUUACAAAACGUUAAUAAAGCUGAUGAAAUGUUGUCACCAUAAUAAUGUAAUAAUGAGGUCUGCAUUGAAAACGAUUACCUCAUUAAUGACUGGCAAUCCAGACCUGCUGGAUGCUGAGGGAAUAGCUCUGCAGAUACACAUUUUAGAUAGAAAUACAGACAUUCCGACAUUACAAUGCCUUUUGCGCUGGAUAAGAGAGUGUUGCAUAAAGCACGAAUUAAAUAGACAAAAUAUAUUUAAUGCUGAUAUCUUUGCUAAGCUCAAAAAGAUAUUGAUGAGAGAGGAUGCCAGUGGAUCCGAGUUAAGGGAUGCCUGUAGCGUGAUCAGAGCUUUGGUAUUGGACGACGAUAUUAGGCAUGAAUUUGGGAAAGCCCACGAACAUGCGACAGUGAUCGCGAAAGGAGCUCUAAAUGUUCUAACCGGGUUAAUGUCAAAAUACAGGAAGGAUAAAGAGGUAGUGGGGGAUGUGAUGAUAACUCUAGCUGCCCUAAUCGUGAGGAACGAGUUCUGCCAGGAGGUAGAGGAUGCAGGUGGGCUGAAGUUUGUGAUAGACGUGAUGAUCGACUAUCCAGACUCGGAGAAGUUAAACUGGCAGGCCUUGAAGCUGCUGAAGGCCCUGGCUGGCAACGACGAAGUGAAAUUUCACGUGAUCAGCUCAGGCUGUGGGCCGCUGAUAGUCUCUGCCAUCAGCAGAAUGAAAGGUUCUGAGUGUGUGGUUCAAGCUGGCCUUGCAUGCAUUUCCGCAUUAACGCUGAGGUGUCCCCUAAACGCCGGUGUGUUUUACGAUUGCGGAGCUCCGCUUGUAAUCAUCGACUCGAUGAAAGCUUAUUCGAAGAGCGUGAGCGUGUUGAAGCAAGCCUCUUGGGCGAUCCGAAACAUGUCUGUGCGCAAUAAGAACGAGUGUCAAGAGUUUAUUGCCUAUGGUAUAGAGGACGUCCUCACGGGGGCCCUGAAGCAGCACGGCGCCAAGGUCGAGAGCGACGUGAAAAUGGCUCUGAGGGACCUGGGACUCAAGGUAGAGCUCAAGGAGAGGUGGACCGGCAAAGGUGUCAACCUGGAGAACAAUUAAUUCAUGAGAACGCUCAAUGUACCAGACAUCUUUAUGUGCUUCACAUACAAACGACGAAUAAAUGUCCGAAAAUAAUGACUAA